AAAAAAAAAAUCUCCCCUACUUUAAUCAUUAAAAAUGGGUAUCUUAGAAAAGAUUUCAGAAAUUGAAAAAGAAAUAUCAAGAACUCAAAAAAAUAAAGCUACCGAGUAUCACCUUGGUUUACUAAAGGCAAAGUUAGCAAAGUAUAGAGUUCAAUUAUUGGAACCUACAAAAGGUUCCGGUUUAAAAGGGGAAGGAUUUGAUGUUAUGAAAUCUGGAGAUGCUCGUGUAGCUUUAAUUGGAUUUCCUUCAGUUGGUAAAUCAACAUUAUUAAAUAAACUCACAAAAACUCAUUCUGAAGCUGGAGCAUAUGAAUUCACAACUCUUACAUGUAUACCUGGAAAGAUUGAGCAUAAUGGAGCAAAUAUUCAAUUACUUGAUUUACCGGGAAUCAUCGAAGGGGCUGCACAAGGCAAGGGACGUGGUAGACAAGUUAUUGCUGUAGCGAGAACAGCAGAUUUGAUUGUAAUGAUGUUAGAUGCUACAAAAAGUGGUCAACAACGUACAUUAUUAGAACGUGAGUUAGAAGCAGUUGGCAUUCGAUUAAAUCGUGGAAAACCGAAUGUUUAUUUUAAGGUUAAAACAGGUGGCGGAAUUAGUUUUAAUGCAACUGUAAAAUUAUCACAUUUAAAUGAAAAAAUGGUUUAUCAUAUUUUACAUGAUUACAAGAUAUUCAAUGCUGAAGUAUUAGUGCGUGAGGAUAUUACAGUUGAUGAGUUUAUUGACGUAGUUUUGGGAAAUAGAAAAUAUAUCAAAUGUCUUUAUGUUUAUAAUAAGAUCGAUUCUAUUACAUUGGAGGAAUUAGAUAAAUUGGCUCAUGAACUAAAUACUAUUGUCAUUAGUUGUGAAAUGGAUUUAAAUCUUGAUUAUCUAGUCGAUCAAAUGUGGAGACAUUUGAAUUUAUUACGAGUUUAUACGAAAAAAAGAGGAGAAUAUCCCGACCUUGAAGGUGGAUUAAUUGUUAGAAAAGGCGCUACUGUUGAGCAUGUGUGUCAUGCAAUUCAUCGUUCCUUAGCUGAUGAAUUUAGAUAUGCAUUGGUUUGGGGAACUUCUACUAAGCAUAAUCCACAAAGAGUUGGAUUAUCACACAUAGUAGAUAAUGAAGACAUCAUUCAAGUCGUUAAGAAGAAAUAGUCGAAACAAUUAUUGGAGAUAUUGUAAAUUUAAUAUUUAUAAUAUUUAUA